AGAAGGAGUUAUAAGAGGGGUUAAUACUAAAAUAUCAAAGGAGUUAACACUAAAUACAUAACAAGUGGGACGGAUUUCACAUUUUCACUUCAGAAUUUUUUUUUUGUUAAACUUCUCGUUCUCUCCGUCGGCUGAAAACUCCAUUGCUCCAGGCUUCCAGCCUCCAUGAUGGUGUGAUCCUUCCUAUUUUUCUUCCCAACAAGUCAACAACAAUUAAAUCUUUACGGCAUGGUUCUGAAAAGAAAGCAAUCUUCUGGAUGUCAAAAUAGGAAGAAAAAGAAAAAGAGAUUGGAAUCUACUAAAUCUCUAGUAGUUUCUUUUGAUAAGUUUUUGAUUAGGAAUCAACCAGCAAUUGAGAAUAAGGGCGAUGAGGAUAAUGCUACAGAUGAUAAUGGUAAGAAUGAGGGGAAUGGGGAUGAUGGUGCUGCUGAUAAUGGUUUAAAUGAGGGGAAUGGGGAUGAUGGUGCUGCUGAUAAUAGUAUGAAUGAGGGGAAUGGAGAUGAUGGUGUUGCUGAUAAUGGUAUGAAUGAGGGCAAUGAGAAUGAGGGUGAUGCUGAUAAUAGUGUAAAUGAGGGAAAUGUAAAUGAUGGUGGUGUUGAGAAUGGUAUGAAUGAUAUCAAUGAGAAUGACAGAAGGGAGGAUAAUGUCAACAAGACGGUAGGAACGAAUGAAGUUGGUAAUUAUUGUGAAGAGUUAAGCCAUAUAGAUAUGUUUGAUCCGGCUAAUUGGAAUACAAUUGAUAAAAAGCUUGUUGAUUUUUUGGUAGAGAAGGGUCCAGUGAGAAUUGAUAAUAUCAAGUUCCCUAGAGAUUCCAAGGGCGAUCAUUUCUCUAGCACUUAUUACUUUCGGAGAAUGAGAAAUUUUGAGAAACAAGAAAGGAGAUGGCUAGUGUAUUCGACAUCUUUGGAUAAGGUAUUCUGUUUUUGUUGUAAAUUGUUUAAGAAGAGGGAAACUAAUUAUCAGUUGUGUGAAAGUGGGUUCAAUGAUUGGAAUAACCUAAGUGGAAGACUUAGUACUCAUGAAAACAGUGGAGAGCAUGCUAAAAGAAAAAACCAUUGA